AUGAAUGAUUUGGAAACAUCUUUACGUGGAUUACCUUUAGAACAAAAAUUUGCUGCGACAAUUUGGUGGCUUGGUAAUGGUAAAACUUUGCGUGCUAUAUCAGAAUUAUGUGAUAUGGCAGAAUCAACCUUUCAUUAUGCAUCAUCAGUAUGUGAUCAUCAGCGCAAAUUUCUUAAUAUUUAUUGUGAUUGGGCAGGACUACCAAAUUCUUAUAUACUUGGUGAUAGUGAUUAUGCGAAUACUGAUUGGCUUCUUGUACCAUAUUGUGAUAAUGGACAUCUUACAAUAAUACAACAAUAUUAUAAUUAUGUGCAUUCAGCAACUCGUAUUAGAAUUGAACAAGCCUUUGGUAUUUUUAAAUCACGUUGGAGAAUUUUAUGUACACCAAUUGAAGUUGAAACUAAAAUCAUACCAAGUAUAGUAUCUGCUUAUUGUAUAUUGCAUAAUAUUUGUGAAAGUUAUGGUGAUGAAAUUGAAGAAAGUUUAUUAGAAACAGAUAAUACAUUUAAAAGACAAGAAAAUAUUGAAGAAAAUUAUAAUGAUAAUAAUUACACGUUUAUUAGAGAUU